AUGAAUGUUAAAGAAAAUGCUAGUUUCAGGUGGAACUUAACUUCUUGUGGAACAAGUGUUGCCAGCUCAGAAUGCAGUGAAGAGCUGUUUUCAUCAGUUUCUGUUGGAGAUCAAGAUGAUUGUUAUUCCCUGUUAGAUGAUCAAGACUUCACAUCUUUUGAUUUAUUCCCAGAGGGAAGUGUCUGCAGUGAUGUCUCCUCUUCCAUUAGCACUUAUUGGGACUGGUCAGAUAGUGAGUUUGAAUGGCAGUUACCAGGCAGUGACAUUGCCAGUGGGAGUGAUGUACUUUCUGAUGUCAUACCCAGUAUUCCAAGUUCUCCUUGCCUGCUUCCAAAAAAGAAAAACAAGCACCGGAAUUUAGAUGAACUUCCUUGGAGUGCAAUGACAAAUGAUGAGCAGGUGGAGUAUAUUGAGUAUCUGAGUCGUAAAGUCAGUACUGAGAUGGGUCUCCGGGAGCAACUUGAUAUUAUUAAAAUCAUUGAUCCUUCUGCUCAAAUCUCCCCUACAGACAGUGAGUUUAUUAUUGAACUUAACUGUCUCACAGAUGAAAAACUGAAGCAGGUCAGAAAUUAUAUCAAGGAGCAUAGCCCUCGCCAACGGCCUGCAAGAGAGGCCUGGAAGAGAAGCAACUUUAGUUGUGCAAGCACCAGUGGAGUGAGCGGUGCCAGUGCCAGUGCCAGCAGCAGCAGUGCCAGCAUGGUCAGUUCUGCAAGCAGCAGUGGGUCCAGUGUUGGAAACUCUGCUUCAAACUCCAGUGCCAACAUGAGUCGAGCACACAGUGACAGCAACCUGUCUGCAAGUGCAGCAGAGCGGAUUCGGGAUUCAAAAAAGCGUUCCAAGCAGCGGAAGUUACAGCAGAAGGCCUUACGCAAGAGGCAGCUGAAGGAGCAGAGGCAGGCUCGAAAGGAGAGGCUCAGUGGGCUCUUCCUUAAUGAAGAGGUGCUGUCCUUGAAAGUGACUGAGGAAGACCACGAAGCUGAUGUAGAUGUUUUGAUGUAA